CUUCGAGGCUACCGGGAACGUACACGUAUGCAGCAAAUGCUUGGAUGUUUACAUUGCUUAUUUGCUCUGUUCACAUUUCCAUUGUUAUGUGACGGUGAGCUUGGACAUUAUCCUGAGCAAGUGCAUCUUCAGUUGACAAAGCAGCCAACUGAAUUCCUCAUCUCUGAUCGUCGGCUAUCAUCUUAUGUGCACGGCAGCCAGAAAUCAUUUGAAGUUGGAGGACAACUGGCCUGCGUCAAUUAUGCAAAACUAAUUGAGCUCAUCCCAGGCGGCACGUUUUGGUAUCAAGUCUCCUCAGGAAUAGUGUACAAAAGUCGUGUCAUUAGAGCCAAGGCUUCCCCUCCUGAAUAUUCUUGCUUUACCGUAGGUUUGAUAGCAGACAUUGGAACUGAUAACUUCGCGCCUUUAUCAAUACAAGCUAUCAAAGAAGACUCCUCCCUGGACUUUGUCAUAGCAGCAGGUGAUUUGUCUUAUGCUGAUACUGCAUCUGCUCAAAGUCCAGAGGCUGUUCACUACAGGACUGAUCUGUGGGAUCGAUUUGGACGGUUGUUGGAAGGAUUUGCAAGUCAAGUACCAUUUAUGACAACGAUUGGAAACCAUGAAGUGGACUUUGAAAUCAAUGCCAAGCCAGAGGUUAAUUUCAACCCCCAAAGCAAUCCGACACGACCGUUUGUCUCAGACUACGCAUUUUCCAGCAUCCACAUCUCAGACUCUUACCACCUAAAACGUCAUGAUCUAUUCGUGGAGAAUGAUGUCACUUUUGCGAAGACACAUCUGCGCAUCUCAUUCCAGGCCGCCAAAGUCUCGUUUCGGGCCAUCGGAGGCAGUCGAGGCGAAAUCCGACGUGACCGUUCAUCUCGGACUCGCGAUCUCGACCGGUCUGCCACGUUUUGUGACGAUCCGGGACCGGCGUCGUGUUGA